AGCUGGUUUCACUUAACUUUCACUUUCGGGCUCUUCCGACCAUUUCUAACCGCUUAGUAAAGGCAACUAACGCUUUGUUAAGCUAGCAUGCUUCGCCUGUAGUGUGUUUGGCUUAUUUGAUAACUUUUUAUAUUAGAUGCUUCUCUCGAUUGCUUUGAUUUCCUCGUUUUUGACUGACGGAGAGUGAAGAUGUGGGCGUCCGGGACCGCCUGUCUGUGUGUGCUCCUGUCUGUGACUGUGUCUGCGGUCUCUGAGAUCUACAGGAAGGUGGGCGAUGAAGUCGUCCUCAAACCAGACGCCAUCUCCGGCGCCAUCAAGAGCAUAACGUGGAAACAUGGUUCUGACAUCGCGGCGCAGUGGGAUGGAACAGAAACCGACUAUUAUCGUCAGUUUGAAGAACGAGGACGUCUGAACAAUUCAACCGGAGAGAUGACAAUCACAGGGCUGACUGUGAGUGACAGCGGAGAGUACACACCAGAAAUCAACAACAUGGUCCAGAGCGCCUUUAAUCUCAUCGUUAUCUCUCCUGUCCCUACACCGACCAUUAAAAAAUCCUGUGUCGAUGAGACCAGUUGUGUUUUGAGCUGUGAUGGAGACACCACAGCUGCUGGACCAGUCACCUACAGCUGGAAGUCAGACGAUGAUAAGGUCUUAGGUACAUCUAAGGAGCAACACAUUACAAAGGACAAUAAUUCAAGUGUGAAGGAGUUCAGCUGUGAGAUGAAAAAUAAAGUCAGUAACGAGAGCAGUGCACCUCUCUCCAACCCUUUCAUCAUUACAACUGAUCCAGCACCUGCAGGGACGCUGAACAUUACCAAAGGAGCCAUCGUGUUCAUCAGUCUGCUGAUCGCUGUGGUGCUGCUGGCUGUCUUUCACAGGUGUAAAGCAGGAACGUGGUUCUUCAAUAAAACAUCCAUGCCGUGGGAAGCCGACUUCUGGAAGAAGAACGAGAGGCUGCCAAGAGACGCUGCUGAGUCUAAUGGCAGGACUGCUCAAGAGAAGGGACUAACAGACGAGGAAACACCAAUGACCUAGACUGUGAAACAAUGCCAAGUCAGGUGUAAACGUGAAGCUGAACUGUUUCAGAAAAUCCAGAAGUACGCAUUGGAUUGGUGCGUCCUUUGUUUACAGUACAAAUAUUAUUGGAAAUCUUUUAAUAGUAGAGUCAGCUCCAAUGCCUCAAAUUUAGAAUGAAUAAAAACUGCCCAAAUUUGAGAAAAGAGGGCACUUACGACUCUUGAAAAGACAUUUUUUUUAAAGACUUAAGUUCUGCUGCUUUUUUAAAAAAGACACUAAAAAUAAAGUUACUUAGCAUGAAAUAAAAAGCCUAGACUGUAAUCAAAGCUUCUAGACUUGAAGCAGACCUUCCUGACAAUGUUUUACAAUGUUUUAAGAGGCAGUAAGGGGCCUCAAAGUUUAGACAAUACUCGGAAACUGCAAACGCCUUUUCAUGGAGAUGGACAGUGUUCCUGACACCGAGCGGUACCUCAUUAAAGCGAGCAGGUCUGCAGUGGAUCCAUGCGGCCUCACAGAGUUAGACAGGAGGUUGGAGUGUGUGGGGAGGACCUGGACGGACAGCAGAGGGGAAAAAAGACGCCAUUGUUUAGUUUGGGCUGCUGGCUCAAACAACAAGCAAAGCAUUGUACAGGUCUGCUGGCUCGUGAGUGUUCUGAACAAAUAUUGCGGGAUUUUCAGCUCGAAAAAAGUCAAUCAGCUAUUUUUUAUUUUUGGUGCUCUCUCGUUAUCAGAUGUUGAUCUAAUUCACACCGUCUUUGACUGUAUUUUAGUGUUUGUCCUGUUUUAGAUUUUGAAGGACUGUUUUUUUUUGUUUCUUUUUGCACUUUUCUUUUCUCUCUUGUGGGGAUUUUUAUUCUUGAAUGUUUCCUUGUUUAAAAUAAGUUGCACUUCAAUACAACUGGAAGUUUAAGCUUUUUUAUUAAUACAUUUAAUUCCAGAUUAUUUCAGCAAUUUGUUUGUGGUUUGUUUUUCACAUUUAAAUAUUUGGCACUGAUGCUUU